UGUGACGCAGAGGGAUUACACCAGCGUCGCUGCAGAGAGGGUGGAGUGAAAAACGUAAAAACCGGUCCUGCCAUCAAGGAACGCCAAAAACAUUAAUAGAGCCGAAUUCACGCUGAAGGAGCCGGUCUGCGUCACGUUUAACCAUGCUCUCCAUGUCAGACUUCAUAUCUGGUGUCAGCUAUGACGAGUGUAAAGCCACAGCUGACUGGCUGAUGUCCAACACACAAGUGCGGCCGACUGUGGGGAUCGUGUGCGGUUCAGGGCUAGGCGGACUGGCUGAGAUGCUCAAAGACCCUCAGGUCUUCAAAUACAGCGACAUUCCCAACUUCCCCCGGAGCACAGUGCACGGUCACGCUGGACAGCUGGUGUUUGGAACACUAAAAGGAAAGCCGUGUGUUUGCAUGCAGGGCAGGUUCCACCUGUACGAGGGCUACCCCAUCCAGAAGAUCACGCUGCCCAUGCGCGUCUUCAAGCUAAUGGGCGUGGAGACGAUGAUCCUGACCAACGCCGCCGGAGGCCUCAACCAGGACUACAAAGUGGGAGACGUCAUGAUCAUCAAGGACCACAUCAACAUGCCGGGGUUUGCUGGAAUCAGCCCGCUGGCUGGACCAAAUGAUGACAGGUUCGGAGUCCGCUUCCCCUGCAUGUCUGACGCCUACGACCGCGAGCUGCGUCAGCUGGCCCUGGACGUGGCGUCAGAGCUGGGAUACAGCGAGUUCUUGAGGGAGGGAGUGUACUGCGUCCUGGGAGGUCCUUCCUUCGAAACUAUCGCUGAGUGUCGCAUGAUGCACAGGCUAGGCGCUGACGCUGUUGGGAUGAGCACCGUCCACGAGGUGAUCGUCGCCCGCCACGCCGGGAUGCGUUGCUUCGCCCUGUCGCUGAUCAGCAACCGCGCGGUGAUGGACUACGACAGCCAGGAGAAGGCCAACCACGAAGAAGUCCUGGAGACGGGCAGGCUGAGGGCCGAGCAACUGGAGAAGAUGGUGUCCACCAUGGUGGCUCGGCUGGAGCACAACAACAACUCCUACUGAUCAUGAGACUGAGACCUGGUCGUAGGUCAGCUGUCGUCCUGCUUUGCCUCUGCACCACAGCUAGAGAUUUUAUUUUAUUUUUUAAAUGCUUGUUAGAACGCUAAAAAAACUAGUUUUUAACCGCCAUGAUGGUUUUACUUCUCGGUAAAAUAGUUUCUUAGCUGAACCUAAUCUUUUUUUGUUUCCUUUUGAUUGUAACUUUAAGUCUUAAAAACUCUGGAGACCGGUCCACGUUUUUUUUUAUACACUCCUCUAUCAGCAACGUUUACAUAUUGAAGUUUAAUGUGACUGCACUUCAGUGCAAUAGUUCCAAGUCCUGCUGUGACUAUAGUAUACUGUAUUAAGCAGACUAGUGUUUCAGUGAAACAGCUUCAUAUUUUUCUAACUUAAUAACUUAAAGUAUGAAUAUUUAUUGCUCCAGUUCUUUUACAUUCCCUGCUGUAAGUCAACAACCAAUAUGAAUGCAUUUAAUAUUCACAUUUUGUUUUUUAUGUGGAGGACCAACUCAUGCAUGUCUUUGUGAGAAAAAAGUGGAAAUGAUAAAUGCAUAUGGUUUGAAAGAUGUGUAAAAUGUUUAAAGAUAUUUAUACUGAAUGUAUUUAAGUAGUGUUUUUAUUUGCUAUGAUAAUAUAUCGAGUGUUGGACGGACAGAGUUGAAGAAAGGGAUUAUUUCUUGCAUGUUACCAAAGUAUGUGGAUGUGAUCAAAAUCUCCCUCCGUGUCUUAUCACUUUGUUAACAGACUCAGUUUCUGGAGGUACUUUACUAAAAACUGUACAAACUGUGGAUCUACUUUUUACAAUAAAAUGACUCAACUUGAAAACAA